CGCAGGGUUGCCAAGUUGGCAAUGCCAUAUCUGCCUGUCAAUUUACAGAUUAGGUUAGAAUCGGUGAUUUCGCCGAAAUUGUCGCAAAAAUGAUCGAUUCGAUAAUCAAAAAUGAAUUCGUUAUCAAGUAUUUUAUAUUGCUGUUCAUGUGGAUUGAGUUCCUUUGGGAGUUAUAUUUAUCGUACAGACAGUAUCAUGUUGUGUUGAUUACGAAGGAGGUACCAAAGAAAUUAAAGGGCGUACUAUCGCAGGAUACGUUUAAGAAAGCUAAGGAUUAUUCGGUGGCGAAAUUAGAGUUCAGUUUUAUUAAGGAUAUUUUCGGGAUUGUUUUUAGCACGUUGAUAAUUUAUUACGAUGUUUUGGCAAUAUUCUGGGAUUAUUCCCUGCAAAUUAACAGCAGUGAAGCAGGGGAAGUAUCAACGAGUUGUAUUUGGAUAUUAAUUUUAUCUGUCUUAACAACAAUAAUUGAUCUUCCAUUCACAAUUUAUUACACAUUUGUACUGGAAGAAAAGUUUGGCUUCAACAAACAAACUGUGGGUUUCUUUGUGUGGGAUAAAAUAAAGGCUUUCAUUGUAAGCCAAUGUUUAACCCUUAUGAUUAGUUCUAUUGUAAUAGUAAUCAUUAAAAACGGAGGUGAUUACUUCUUUGUUUGGUUAUGGGCAGCAGUAUGCACCAUAUCGUUAAUUUUAAUGACCGUAUAUCCUGCUGUGAUAGCCCCAAUGUUCGAUAAAUACACCCCACUCCCAGAGGGCGAGCUACGCACACAAAUCGAAGAUUUGGCUACACAAUUAAAAUUCCCACUGACUGAAUUGUACGUUGUUGAGGGCUCUAAGAGAUCUGCGCACAGUAAUGCGUAUUUCUACGGUUUCUUUAAACAUAAACGCAUCGUUCUCUACGACACCCUGCUCAAGAAAGAAGAUGGAACUGGCUGCGACAACGAUGAGAUUUUGGGAAUUUUAUCGCACGAACUCGGCCACUGGAGUUUCAACCACGUUUUGAAGAACUUGGUCGUCAUUCAAGUAAAUCUGUUUUUACUAUUCGCCGUAUUUUCCACGAUGUUUAAGUCGCCGAAAAUCUACCAGGUGGCAGGUUUCUACAAGUCCCAACCGGUCCUAAUAGGGUUGUAUGUGGUUUUAAUGUACAUCAUGACCCCCUACAACGCUUUGCUGUCGUUCCUGUCGACUUGCAUGUCGAGGCGGUUCGAAUUUCAGGCCGAUGAUUUUGCGGUGCAACUGAAAAGAGGAGCUCCACUGCAGAGCGCUCUAAUCCAGCUCAAUAAAGAUAACUUGUCGUUCCCGGUUUACGAUAACUGGUAUUCCGCUUACAACCAUUCGCAUCCGCCAAUUCUGGAGAGGCUGGCUGUUAUAGAAGAGAACAUGAAGAAAGCGAAAUAGGUACAAUUUAGCUUUAAUUAAAUUAAUUAAUAUCUUACAUUUGUAAUAUUUUUUGAUGUUUUAUUUAGUUAAAAAUAAA